UUGAUGCAAACGAAGAUGGAAGACCGGGCAGUCUGAUUUGGAAGGUGGUAUGAAUCUAGUGCGCAUCCUCCUACAUAUCUCCACAUCGUGCCUUAUCUCCGGAAGUCUUGACUCAGACAAGGCGGCGGAGUCAUCCUCAACACUCGCCUUAUCUUCACCAGCUCUUGCCUAAUAGUACUGGAACUAAAUAAAGACCCUCAGAAUUCACCUGGUAAUCCAAACCUCUGCAGUCUUCUAUCCAACACCCAUCGAGCCCAAGAUGGCUACCGAACUCGACGCCACUUAUAUUGCUCGUCUUUCCUUACACGAUCCUCAUAACUUCAGCAUCCAGCUCGCCCAGACCCUCCACCGUAUAAAGCUCCUACAGCAAUGGAACAUCUCUACUAGCUCGAAGGUGCUGGAAUUAGGGUGCGGGCAAGGAGACUGUACGACUGUCCUUGCUUGUGCUAUUGGUGAGCAAGGAAAUGUUGUGGCCGUCGAUCCAGCAGACUUGACAUAUGGUUCUCCGUAUACCAUUGGCCAGGCACAGGAUCACAUCACACAAGGACCGCUCGGAAAGCAAAUUACGUGGAUCCAACAAGCCCCUCUGGAAUACCUCUCUUCCCUUCCCAUCCCGUCUUCUAGCUCUUCAGCACCCACCAGCAGCGGCAAGGCCUUCGACGCGACAGUGCUCGCCCACUGUCUAUGGUAUUUCCCCACACCCUCGCUCAUCCUUUCCACCUUCCGCGCCAUCAGACAGCACAGUAAGCGUCUUCUUCUUGCUGAGUGGUCUUUGGUAGCCACACAUCCCUCUGCCCAGCCUCAUGUACUAGCGGCGCUCACCCAGGCAGCGUUGGAGUGCCGUAAGGUAAAGAGCAUCUCGAAUGUUCGCACUAUCUUGGGCCCAAAAAGACUUAUCGAGCUGGCUCUAGCUGCCGGGUGGCGGCUCGAGGAUGACACCCACGUACAGAGUGGGGAGGAGCUGAUGGACGGGCAAUGGGAAGUCUCUGCUUGUCUCUCUUCCUCUUUCGAGAGGGAGAUAGAGGAGAACGUGAGUGACGAGAGGGAACGGGGAGUAAUUCUUGCGUUGCGGGAUGCAUGUGAGGCAAGCCUGGAAGGCACUCAGGGGGGUAGAAAUGGAGUCAGGGCGAUGGACGUUUGGGUCGCUAGCUUUGUCUGAUACAGCGAGCUGAGCACACAGUCUGGAGCAAGUUGAAUCCUAUCCCUAAUUGCCGCCUAAUGUACAUGAUAUUUCUAGUGA